AUGGACUUGUUCGCCGUGGUCACUAAGGGAGGAAUUGUGCUUUGGGAGAAGGGCAGCCUUGCCUCAAGCAGAAAACAACUAAACGCCUUGUUCAGCGAUGUAUUUUUAAACGAACAGGUCUUUGAAGAUGAUGUCGUUCAAAUUGAAAACCUCAAGUACAAAUGGCUGCAGUCGAACGUGCGGCUUUUCAAAAUGCUCGGCUAGUCAAGUUUGCAGACAAACUGACACAAAGUAUGCACAACAUCGUCCUCAAUUCAUGCUUAAACGCAUUGAAAGAACAACGAUUAUUCAACAAGGAAGAAAGUCAGCUGCUAGAAGAGGCGUAUCAGAUGAAAACACAGCAGCUGAGGGAGGAGUUCAAUGAUCUUCUUGUCGUGAAGACAGCAGCGAAUACCGGGGGAGCGAAACCUUCUUCCUCGUCAAAGUCAGAAGCGUCUACUCGUUCCUCGAAGCUGGCUCCUCAAAAGCAGAAGAAGCAGCCAAAGAAGGCGACCACGAAGAAAGAAUUGAGACGUUGGGACGAUUCGUUGCUGGAUGAGGAGGAGGCUGCUGCUCUUAACUAUUCGGAGGAUUUGCCUGCAGCAGAGUCCGCUGCACAUGCCGAUGCAGAAUUGUCAAGCAUGGUGGGGGAGAAUAAUAAUUUGGUAAAGACGAAACAAGGAGCCUUCGUUAUCGAGGAACUGGAACGAGCUCCUGCCGCUGAGGAGACUUCCUCUCGAGGAUUCUCCUUUUUCUCGAAUCUCAUCGGCCAAAAGACGCUCACCGAGAAAGAUUUGAAGCCUGUCCUUGCAAAGAUGCAACAGCACUUAAUCGAAAAGAAUGUUGCCCAGCUCGGUGGCCCAACAGCUUUGCGAUUCACUUCGUUCAUCGCUCGUGGGCAAGAAGACCGGUUCUUUCGAAACGCACUUCUCUCGAUCUCCUUAACAAUGUUCAGAUGGUUCGCAAGAAGGAGGCCAGACCAUACACGAUUUCUCUUAUUGGUGUCAACGGCGUUGGAAAGUCGACGACUUUGUCGAAGCUGGCUUACUGGUUGUUGUCGAAAUAAGCUCCGCAUUCUUGUUGCUGCCUGUGACACAUUCCGUUCUGGUGCUAUUGAGCAAUUGAACGUUCAUGUCACAAACCUGAAAAAGGUACAUGGUGAUAAUAUCGAGCUGUUUGCACAAGGCUAUGGAAAGGAUGCCAGUAUAGUCGUAAAAAAUGCUGUACAAUAUGCCAGUCAAAACAACUUUGACGUUAUUCUUGUCGAUACGGCCGGCAGAAGACAUAACGAUCAACGACUAAUGGGAUCAUUGGAAAAGUUCACAAAAGCUACGAAGCUUGACAAGAUAUUUCAAGUUGCCGAAGCACUGGUGGGAACUGAUUCCUUGGCUCAGGCAAAACAUUUCCAGGCUUCUCUGUACCACCGCCGUCUGGACGGUUUUAUUAUAUCCAAGGUAGAUGCUGUAGGCGAACUUGUCGGCGUGAUGGUUGGCAUGGUUUACACGACGCACGUUCCCAUCGUUUUCGUUGGCGUUGGUCAAACGUAUUCCGACUUACGAACGCUUUCCGUUGACUGGGUUGUGGAUCAACUGAUGCGUUAG